AUGGGGAACUGCAGCGGCGGCCUUUGGCACUGCUGCGGCGAAGGUGACUUGGAGCCCUGGCGUGGCAGCGGUGGGAAGGUGCGAAUGCUAAUUAUUGCCUUGGACUAUGAGUAUGCCCCGGCAUCUGAGCUGACCUGCACCAAAGAUGCGCGGACCAUGUACCGCAUGGCGGGUCGAGCAGGGGUAGAUGACAUCACCAUCAUUACUGACAAGGCUGGCAUUGGAGAUCCAAGCUUUCCGACGCGGUCCUUUGUGCUGCGACAUAUACGGCAAGUGGCCCGAACUUGUGAAGUUGGCGACUGGUUCAUUUGGUUUUGGGCAGGCCAUGGCGUGAACGUCCCGGAUUUCAAUGGAGACGAACAGGGAGGCUUUGACCAAGCAUUUGUGACACCAGAUACCAAUGGCAAGUUGACCGAAUCCGCUUUGCUGAUUGAUGAUGACUUUGCUUUGGCACUGGACACCUUCGUUCCAGAGGGUGUGCGCAUUCUUUGUAUCAAUGAUUGCUGUCACUCUGGGACGAUAUGUGACAUCGACUCUUUCAUGUACUCUCAUGAUAUUUAUUCCAUCUCUGCAGCAAAAGAUGAUGAAGAAGCAGAGGAUGUUGGAGAGGGAGGCGUGCUCAGCUGUGCAAUGCGCCGGGCAGUUCGCACCUUGAGUCUGGAGCAUGGAAAUCAGGAGUUCAGUAUUUUGGACACUUUCAAGCGCUGCAAGACCUUUGCCAAGAGGCUGACCAGGGAACAGCACCUGACUCUUCAAUAUCAUGGCACUCAUCCAUCUUUAGUGGCUUGGCCUUUGGGUUUUCCAUGGUGGGAAUACAUCAAAAAGGCUAAUCUCAUGAGAGUCAACAUCCAGGAUUUGGCUGAGGAUGGCUUGGACUCAGAUGACGAAUGGAUGCAGCCUGGCAGCGGUCAAGCCGCUGCCGGACAGGUGCCUCAAAGGACACCGCUCGCGUCUCCCUUUGGCUUGACCCCGCUCCCAAGAGGAGUCCCAAACUUUGGUACAAUGUGA